AUGGAAAACUACACCAUGUGGAGUAAUUUUUCCCAGGUUCUGUCAGAACUGGAUGGGAUGAGUGAAGAGGAGGAGGACAGAAGAAGUGGAGGUGGACUGCGUGUCCUCAUUGGUUGCGUCCUCUUCCUGCUUAUUGUGUCCACGUUGCUCGGGAACAUUCUAGUGUGCACGGCUGUCAUCAAGUUCCGCCACUUGCGCUCCAAAGUCACCAACUUCUUUGUGAUCUCACUGGCUGUGUCUGACCUCUUUGUGGCUGUGCUGGUGAUGCCAUGGGAGGCCAUCACGGAGGUCACCAACACCUGGCUGUUUGGACGCUUUUGCGAUGUUUGGAUCACCUUUGACAUUAUGUGCUCCACGGCUUCCAUCCUUAACCUGUGCAUCAUCAGUGUGGAUCGGUAUUGGGCCAUCGCCAGCCCUUUUAAAUACGAGCGGAAAAUGACCCACCGGGUGGCGUUUGUAAUGAUUGGAGUGGCUUGGAUGCUUUCUAUUCUCAUCUCCCUUAUCCCGGUGCAGAUGAACUGGCAUAGGGCUGAGGAAGAGGUGAUGAUGGAGCAUGCGGGGUUGUUAUUCGUCAGGAACGUCACCAACGACAGCACCAUUGUAGCCAUGAGCUGUGUUGCCAACCUGAACAAAACCUAUGCUAUCUCUUCUUCUCUCAUCAGCUUCUACAUCCCUGUAGUGAUCAUGAUCGCUACCUAUACUCGCAUCUACCGCAUUGCUCAGAUCCAAAUUCGCCGAAUUGCCUCUUUGGAACGGGCAGCAGAGCAGGCACAGAUUCAAGGUCAUGGUGUGAACAGGAACCAGCCGCAGCACCGUGUUAAUGACGAGGCCUGCUUAAAGUCAUCAUUCAAAAAGGAAACCAAAGUUCUGAAGACUCUUUCAAUCAUAAUGGGGGUGUUUGUGUUUUGUUGGUUGCCAUUUUUUGUUCUGAACUGCACUGUCCCCUUCUGUGACCCACCGUGUGUAAGUGACACCACAUUCACUGUUUUUGUCUGGUUUGGCUGGGCCAACUCUUCCCUCAACCCGGUCAUUUAUGCCUUUAAUGCAGACUUCCGUCGAGCUUUUACUACCAUUUUGGGUUGCAACCAGAUCUGCUCCAACAAUGCGGUGGAAGCCGUGAACUUCAGCAAUGAGCUUGUCUCUUACCACCAUGACACAACGCUUCACAAAGAGCUGUUAGUACCUGCUCAGCUGCAACAACGUCCUCAUAAUCUGUGCGCAGGGUCAGAUUGUCUGGAGGACAUGAGUGCGCAGUUUGAAGAGGAGUCCAACAUUUCUGUUGGUUCACCAAGCCACAACAGGUUACCGCUGCUUUCUGCUACAGUCCAACUGCAGGAAAACGCAGAGAUUUCUCUGGAGACAGUCACACCGAUCAGCUCGGCUGCAGGACUGGAGAGUGAUGUUCUAAUACCAGGACAGGUCCAACAUGAUGAGUAG